AUGAGGAAUGGAACAGCUGUCACUAGGUUUGUCCUCCUGGGACUCUCGGGCAACCCUGAGGUCCAACAUAUUCUCUUUGGUCUCUUUCUUGUCAUUUACUUGGUGGCCCUCAUUGGGAACAUUCUUAUCCUUCUUGUGAUCAGCUUGGACAAGAGGCUCCACAAUCCCAUGUACUUCUUCCUGGGGAAUCUCUCUGUGGUGGACAUUGGGUACACAACUUCCACUGUGCCCAAGAUGCUGGUGAACUACCUCUCUCAGGACAAAAGCAUCUCCCUGGCCGGCUGCUUCACCCAGAUGUACUUCUUCAUCUCCUUUGGUGGCAUUGAGUGCCUUCUGCUGGGUGUCAUGGCUUAUGACCGGUAUGCAGCCAUUUGCCAUCCAUUGCAUUAUAGUGUGCUCAUGAGCCCCAAAGUGUGUGUCUGGCUUGCAGCAGCUGCUUGGACUCUUGGCUUGUCUAACUCAGCUGUGCACUCUGGCUUGAUGUCCCGUUUGUCUUUCUGCUGGGACAACAUUAUCCAACACUUUUUCUGUGACAUCCCACCCCUAUUCCAACUCUCCUGCUCUGAUACUCAAGCCAAUCAAAUUGCUACCUUUGUGGUGGGUGGAGGUGUAAUCAUGGGUUCAUUUCUGGUUACCCUAGUGUCUUAUGUCUACAUUGUCUUGGCUAUCCUCAGGAUCCGCACCAAGGAAGGGCGUCUCAAGACAUUUUCCACCUGUGCUUCUCACCUGACCAUAGUUAACAUUUAUUUUGGCACUAUCAUCUUCACAUACAUACGUCCCAACUCCACUUACUCCCAGGAACAGGACCGGAUAUUUCCUGUACUGUAUGGGAUCCUAACCCCUAUGCUUAAUCCAAUCAUCUACAGUUUGAGGAACAAGGAUGUGCAAGGGGCGCUCCAGAAUGUCAUGCGAAGAACUCAACAGGAAUAA